GCAGGCACGCUGACGGUGAACGUGAGCGUGCUGCUCCUCAGCCUCGCCUCUCCCGACGAGUCGAGCCUGAAGUACGAGGUGGAGUUCCUGCUUCAACAGCAGUGGUUCGAUCCUCGACUACAGUACUCCAACAAGAGCAAGUUCGAGUUCCUGAAUGCCAUUCACCACCAUGAGGACGUGUGGCUACCCGACACCUACUUCAUCAUGCACGGCGACUUCAAAGAUCCACUGAUACCCGUACACUUCGCUCUGCGAAUCUACAGAAACGGCACCGUCAACUACCUCAUGCGCCGUCACUUGAUAUUGUCGUGCCAAGGUCGCUUGCAUAUCUUCCCAUUCGACGACCCAUUAUGCUCCUUCGCCAUGGAAAGCAUAUCCUAUGAGCAGACAGCCAUCAUGUACGUGUGGAAAAACGACGAAGACACGUUACGGAAAUCGCCCAGUCUCACCACACUCAACGCGUAUCUCAUACAGAACCAGACGGUGACGUGUCCCAUCAAGGCCAUCUGGAGAGUCGACUAUGACGAGACAGAUCCAGAGGCCAUAUCAUCUGAAGACUGCAAGUGUUCUCUCUGCCAGAGACGAUUCGAGGAGCAAGGGAACUACAGUUGCCUUAAAGUGGACCUCAUCUUUACUCGUGAUAGAGCAUUCUACUUUACAACUGUGUUUAUCCCGGGUAUUAUACUAGUCACAUCUUCUUUUAUAACAUUCUGGCUAGAAUGGAAUGCUGUUCCUGCAAGAGUCAUGAUAGGUGUGACAACAAUGCUCAACUUCUUCACUACAUCAAAUGGUUUUCGUUCAACUUUGCCAGUGGUUUCAAACUUGACUGCUAUGAACGUUUGGGAUGGGGUGUGCAUGUGUUUCAUCUAUGCAAGCCUUUUGGAAUUUGUUUGUGUAAACUACGUAGGCCGGAAACGGCCACUUCACAAUGUGGUUUACCGCCCUGGAGAAAAUCCUGUUACUCAGGGUGACAAAGGCAAACGAGAUGCAUCUGGGCCCAAUGAAAUAGUGAGUUGUACCAAUUGUGGCCCAAAUCCUUGCACACAUUCAGCAAACAAUGGCUGUGCUACAGAGAGUUGCGAGAAGGAUGCAGCCCUGACAUCUGCAGAAUCUGGCCAGAUGGGAUCUCCAGUGACCCCAGUGAGCUCCCUGGUUCGGAAGAAGGAGCCCCCUCAUCCCAUUCGUGUGGCAAAGACAAUUGAUGUUAUUGCCAGGGUAACAUUCCCUUGUGCAUAUGCUGUCUUUCUUAUCUUCUUCUUCAUUCACUACAAAGGAUUUUCAUAAGUUAACUGCAUAAACAGUUCUGAACCAUACAAACAAAUAUUUUGAAGUUACAAGUUGUUGACUGUUUAGAGAAGUGUGAUGCCUUCACAAAUCCUCACCCUGGAUGACUUAAUUGAAAUGUGGUGCAUCUGAUAGUUAAGUUAGGGGCAUAUUCGAAGUUAAGUACAUGCUGUAUCACUACUGAUAUCAGUGACAAUGGGUUACAAAAUAAUGCAUAUAAAUUGAUACCUAUAUAAUUCUUAAAAAUAUUGAUUUGGUAAAUGUUAUAUUUUUAAUUGCAGUAUUGAAGAUGUAGGCCUUUUACCAAUCACUAAUUUUUUUUCUUUUAAGGUUUACGCAUCAUUAAUUUUUAUGAUAAAACACAUUCAAAAUGUUCUCAUAUAUCUAGCAUUUACUGAAUUUGUUCACUUCAUUUUACUACUCUGAUAUCAGUUAUCAUUAAUUUCGAAAAUGUCCUUCUGAAUGUGAUAUGAAACAUUUUCUAGUCACCUGUUGUGUCAUGCAAGAGGAGUGGAUGCCUAGUGGGGAAGGAAGAACAACCUACAGCAAUACUACCUACAAACUGCAAUCACAACUGUAGUUUGUGAUAAGUUUCCCUUAGAUAUCAAAUAAAGCUUCAUUGAAAAGGAACCUAACGGUGAAACACUUAAAUAUGCUUUGUCAAGAUAUGUUCAUGAAAUGUGAGCAUUCAAACAAGAAGAUAGCAAGCUUGAGUAACUGUAUUUUGUGAUAGAUUCUAAGUAUAGACCUGGUUGAUGUCUUAACAUAAAAGACAUUUUGUUUAUAGAUCUUUUUAUUUGUUUUCCUUCUCACUGUAUCCAAGUAUCUUCUUUUGUAUGAAUGUGAGUGUGUCCAGUAUGUAUGAGUACAUGAGUAUAUUUGGGUACACAAUUUGCGUUGCAAUAUCCUUAUUGAUACCCUCAUCAUAUCUAUUCUCCUUUGUAAUACCAUUUGAAACAUUAAAGCCUGGUUUGCUAUAAAUUGUAGAAAAAUCUAAGAAUAUUCAUGAUUGUUUCAAUCUUCAAAUAUUAAGAAAUUAACAAAAUCUAAACAUGUAUUUAUUUAAAAUAAAUUAUCAUUACAAACAAUUUUAUUUGCCAGGCAUUUCUGUUACUAAUGGUUAUGUCUGUUGUGUUAUUACGCUGAGUUUUAUUUAUUCCAUCAUUCCAAUCAUCUUAUUGUUAAAGGCAACAAAUUUAUGACAUUUCUGUACACAUACACUAUUUCUUCCCUACCAGAUUUUCACAUUUUUCAUAGUUAUUGUUAUAAAUAUAGUCUUAAUUACUUGCUUUACCCUCUUUAAGAGGAACAAUGACCAAGCAAGUAUUUCUUGUUCAUGUUUUAUUAUUUCAAAGAUUUAGAAUAUUGUUACACAAAAGGAAGGGUUUUAAAGUUUAAUAAUUAUAUUGAUAUCACCUGCCAAAACAAAACAAUUUGUAAAUACAAUCUAAAUGUGUGUUUUUGUUAAUCGUACCCUAGGAGUGUGAUACAAUAAUGUUUUACCCUUCCAUAUUCUGUUCUUUCUUUGCAUUAUCUACAAGUUGGCAGAGUCUAUUUUGUUGUUUCAAAUUAACAAAUGUGAAAAAGAACCUACAAGAGUUUAUUAAUGAAUGUUCAUGAUGGUUAGAUGUUCAAAUUUUUGAAAGAAUGUUAAAAUAUAUUCAUUUUGGUAUUGUAUGUAUAUUCUUUAUAAUAUUUAAUAUUUACCCUGCCAAAACUUAUAGGUGAUGUAGUUAUGUAUAACAUUUUAAGUCACUAUCACAAGAUGCCAAAGCUGCUCAAAGCAAUUUUUUGUAUUACAAAAUAUAAUUAUUAAUUGUUCUCAGGACCAAUUUUAAUGUUAAGUAGCAUGCACUGCAAUGGGCUUUAAAAUUACAGUGUUAUAUAAUGCCUAGUUGGAGAGAAGCAGUGUGGGCAUUGAUAUAAUGCAUGUUUUCAGGAACAACUUAGUGCACAGAGAAUGCCAAUUAAGUGUUGCACAAUAUCUCCUAAAGGGGAAAAGAUAAAAAAUUGUAUUAUACAUUUUUUAUGUGAAUAGAUGUCGCAUAUUGGAAGAUUUAGUGUGUGUAUUUUUUUUUCUCUUCUUCAAUUGUUUAAGCCUGUUAAAUUCUAUUUGAUUUUUAUAACUUUGUAACAGAGCAUUAAAAAGAAAAAUAAUUGAAUUACACACAUAAGGGCACAAAUAAUAAAUAAUUUAAAAUGCUUCAGAACGCUUUGUGGUUUUAGUUGUGCAAAACAUGAAUUGUAAUAGAACUACUUAUUUCAUUCAAUUAAUGUUGGUUUAAUAUUAUAUGGAAAUUAUUCAUAAUCUUGAUGUGAGACUCUAGCCAAGCACUUCUCACUAAUUUAUCAGCACUUUUGAAGUUUGUAAGUCUCAUCAGAUGGCUGUGUUGACAGAAUGUCAUUUAUGAAAAUGAAUAUUUUAAAGAAAAUAAGGUAAGAUUGUUUCUAGUGAAAAUGUGUCCAAUGGUCACAUUUCAUACAAAAACAGAUUAUAAUUAUUUUUACUAUAAUUUUUUUGUUGUUGCAAUUUCAUGCACAACAUUUGCUGUGUAUGUAUUAAAGUACAUUUCAAAUUUCACAUUUUCAUUUCUUGUGUAGAGUCUGGAAAAGUAGAACUAGAAUUGUUUUGAAUUAGAAUAUUUAUAUUCCUAACUUGGCCAAAUUAUCACUUUCUUGAAAAUAAUUAGAAGACACAAGAAUUUUUGUAGAUGUUCAUCAUGAAAAAAAUAUUUGUAGUGCCAAAUCUCAUACAUCAUUAACGACCAUUGGAAAUAAAUUAUCCCUUUGAAUAAAGAAACAGCGUACAGAAUAAUGCUACUAAAUUAUGACAAAUUUUGUAGAUUUGUGCAACUUUACAAAAUGUGGCUGUGAAGAGUCAAAAGAGCUAUAUGGUAUUGUGUCCAAGAGUGUGGACUAGUUAUUUAUAGAGUGCAUGGAUUUAACUCAUUCACAAUUCAGUGUCAAAUUAAUUUUAGCUUUUAGUUUUAUUAUGUUUCGUAUAAGUCAUUUGUGCAGCAAACAUAUUAUAUGUGUCUAUUUCUUUUAUGUCAUAUUUAUUCACAUAUUGAAGGCUCUAACUUUGUAAGUCCAGUAUUAUAUUUUUAAAAUUCUGUAAAGCAAAACAGAUACAAUGGAUUUUGUCUUUUACGAUGCUUAAAUUUGUUAUCAGAUAGAAAGAAUACUUGUAUCAUAAUUUUUAUACAAUAAUUACCCUUUUGAUGAUAUUGGCUCAAUAUAUUGAAUGGCAUUCUCUGUAUUGUGUGCUUGGUGCUGUGAGAUGUUCAAUUUUGUGUAUGUUGCAGAGCUAGGAAAGAUUAAGAUAAAUACUUACAGAGAUACACAAUAAAAAAAAAUUCUGUCCCACUUUCUUGUGUGCAUAUAUAUUUUAUUCAAUGACAAUGAAUGAUUCGCUCUAUUUUCUGAUUGCUUAUGAAUGAUUGAUAUUGCAUAUUAUUAACCUAUACUAAUUACAUAUUUGCAAACAACAUGUGUCAACAGCAAAUUAACAAGCAUGCUGCUUGUUACAGAAAUUAAUAUUCUAUAUCAUAAAAAAUACAUUUAUAUCUUUCUAUUCAUAGAACUAUUUUAGAUGAGAUCAUAAAAGAAUUAUAACAAUUAAAAUUAAUAAUAUGUAUUUUUCUUAUAAAGUCAAAAUUGGAGUUUUCAUAACUCAUUUGCAGUGAAAUUCUAAUCAUAAAUUUUUCAUAUUCUUAAUGCAAAAAUCUUUGAAUUUUAUGUGAAUUUUGAAACAAACAUAUUGUGUAAGGUUUACAACCUAUUUAAUAAAAUGCAAUGCAGAGAAGUGAUAUUGAAGACAUUCUCCUCCAAUAUUUUAAUUUUUUUCAAUUUAAGGCAUAUAUUUUGUUCAUGUGUAUGUAAACUAAACAAUCAGUAAAUUUUAUUGUGGCUGCAUUACAAAACAAAGUUAAUUUUGUUCAAGUUGAAUACUUCUGGGUAACGUUUUUGUUGAUUAAAAUUAUAUUUCUAAAGAAAAACAUCACUUGUGGCAGGGUAUUCAAUCGUGCUUAAUUUUUUAUAUAUUAAUGCAAAUAUUAUUUCCAGGAUAUUAAAAUGAAACUUCAAUUCAACUUUUAUAUUUAAAUUUGGUAUCUUCUAAAAUUUUAUUGGUCUAUGAAGUGUCUGGUGUUAUAUACUGAUUAAAAUUAUAAAGUAUGUUUAAGACAGUCUGCUUGAAUUAAAAACUAUUUCAACUUUUAGUUUGUUUAAAAUACAUAAAAGAAUUGUUAUAAUUUUUUUAAAAUAAUCACUAGAGUUGCUCAUUUAAGCUGAAAUGGUGCUUUUCUUUGCAGAAUAGUAAAUUGUAAAGAAUUUCCCGUAUGUUUUAUCUUUCUUCCAUGUAUAAAGUUUCUAUGCUUACACAAUAGAAUCCAGAACUUUCAGUAAAGCCAAUUUUUAAAAAAUAGUGUUUUUUCCAAGUAACUCUUUCUAAACAAUUUUUCAAAAUUUUAGAAAACAUACCCUCUUCUUUUAAUUACCUUCUAAAAUUUGCUUAAAUCUCAUUACAAUAAAAGAAAUCUAUAAUAAAUGCUGUUUCAUAAAAAUAAGCACAGGAAUAAAAGUUGGUGUCAAAAAAUACAAAUAAUGUAACUGUUAAUUUGCAUCUAGAUUGAUCCAUUAAAGAAAUGGCUUACACAUGGCAAUGCCAUUAUGUGAAAUAUAUUUUGUCAUCAGUUUUUGGUACUGUUGCAAAAUAAACUAAUAAUAUUCAAACUUCAUAGUUUUAUUAGUGUUUUAAUUAUGAAGAGUUAAAUGAAAUUCAUUCUACCAAGAAAAUUAUGACAAUGCCAUAAAAUGUGUACACAAUGUAUACCUUUACAACAAAGCUUCUAAUAUCACUGUGCCUUUUCUGCUUUACCCACACUGCUAGAUUAUUUUAAACAAAAAUGUUGCAUGCUCUCUUUUGGAGAUUGAAAUAAUUUUUAUUACAAAAAGCCAUGGAAUUUAUAAAUUCUAUGCUUCACCUUGUAUAAUUAGUUUGCAAAAAUAUACAAAUCCUGAGGGAAUAUUUGCAAGCCUUGUAUAAAGUUUUAAUUUAUUUUAAAAUAGAGUUCAUGAAGCAAGUCUAAUGUAUUACUUUCCCUGGCUAUUUUUAUACUUGAGAAAAUGAUGUAUGUGAGAAGGAUGAGUUAGAAACACUUAUAAAUAAAAUUUAAAGAUUUUACACAAAGUUUCUUGCUUAGAAAUACAAUCAUGCUAUGUAACAAAAUUCUAAAUGUCGUGUUAUGAAUAAAUUUAUUAUUAAUGCAAGAAGGGAAUGAGGACAUUCAUUAUUGGUAUCUUAAUAUGUCUAUGAAAACACCAAAACUGUCACAUAGUUAAUUUUGUACUUUUGUGACUUGUGUGGGCAUUGUGCCAAUAAAUAGUGUAUAUGCUUAUUACUGCUACCAUGCAAUAAAGAAUAAGCACAGCCAUUAUGUCCUUGCAAAAUAACAUACAUGUACAUUAAAUUAAAUAUAAAUCACCACAAAUGUCAUAUUUUCAGUUAUGCCUAGUAAUACAGGCAAAGGACAAGCUAUUACCAUAUAAAAUAUUACUCUUGGCAUAUUUACAGUCAUUUUUGUUUUUGUUAUGAAUAAAAUUCUAUUAAAUGACAUCAUCAUUUCUGAUUGUGAAUGAAAUGUAUAUGUUUGAAAUUUUGGAACAAAUACAUUUUGUGGGUUUCAAUUGUGAGGAAUGUUCCUCACUCUCUUUUAAGUGCAAACUAUUUUAUAUGUAAUCCUUACAGUGAUGAAUAAACUUGUUUACAAACAUUUUUUAAGAAGAUAAGACACUGGAAACUGUUGUGUGAUCUUGAAAAUAUUCAAAGAAAUAUGCAUUAUUAAAUUCAUAGGAAUAUUGAAUUUACCUAGUACAGCAAAAGUAGAAUUCUUCUUUUCCAAUGUUUGUACAGAAGAAAGACAGAAUUGGAUAAAUAUUGAUUUUUUAGAAAUCAGUAGAUAGACAUUAUAUUAUUAAAAGACAUGAUGCAUAGCCUUAAUGAAUUUCAAUACCCAUAUUUGUUCUAAAGGCUUACAACAGUGAAAUAUGCAUUACAAUGUUUAUAGCAUAAUGGUUUGGAACCCAUGAAUUUUGUAAGAGUCCAAUAUCAUCUUUAAUACAUUUUUGUUGAGGAAGUUCCAUGCAAAUAUUGUCACAGUAAACACUAAUAAGUACACAAUUGGGGGAUAGAAACUUUUUUAUAUUUUGUAAAAGAAGUAACAUAUUCAUUGUACUAGCUAUACCUAGUACAUUCAGUUCAAUAGCUUGUGUGUAAGCUUGCAAUGCUAAACUGCAACAGGAGAUCUUGAUUUUCAAUAAAAUAUCAGUAUUCAUCAAUACAAUACUUAUUAUAAAAUUUUGUAUCUUUGGAAAAGUAUCUUGUGAACAUAGUUUUUACACUGUCUGUAGGCUAUGAUAAUUAGUAGAUGAAUCAUCAGAUGAUAUGGGCUAUGAAGUAAGAACAGGUUGCACUUCCAAACUUUUAAAAUAGUAUUUACUUUAAACAGACAUUUAUACAUUUUGACCCCCCCCCCCUUUUUUUCUAUUUGAUGUGUUUUGAAACAUCAUUGUUGAAUGAAGCUGUGAUGGUGUAUUCAUAAGAUGUAAAAUCCAUUCAUUUGAAUAGACAAGAAGCAAUGCAUUACUUGCAUUGAUGAGAAUUAAAGAAACACUGAUUGAAUAAUGUUUGUUCAGAACAAGAAAUAUCUGAUCCAGCAUGAGGCUAAUGACCAAACAUCUUCAUACCAAAUACUUAUUGACAAACUUCAAAAACUAUAAUGCAACAAUUGUAUAAAAUGGAAUCAGUUUUCUCACUACUUUUCGCAUUUGUAUCAAAUCAAUUGUGAUAUUUGGUUCAGUUCAUCAAUAAUGAUGUUAAACACUUCAUUAUUUUCCUUAUGUCAGUAUGUUUAAUGUUUUAUUAUCCUAAAAGUAAUCAACUAUGUAUAGAACUACAACGAAUAGCCAAAUCUUGAGAUUUAUUUUGAAUCACUAAAUUAUAUAACGUGUCCAUUAAUUGCACUUUUACAAUUGCCUUGAGUAUUUCUGUAAAUUGAGUGAAUGAAAAUGAGAGACAGAGAGAGAGAAAGAAAAUAAGAAUCUGAUAUAUCUAUUUCAUAACACGGUAUUCACAGUUCCGUGUGCUAUUACCGAUGCCUUUAACAGCUUUGUGACAUAGUGGAAAUUAUUAAUCAUUUUGAAAAACUGAAUAAAAUAUUAAAAAAAGUAUGUGCACUUCUAUGUAUACAUUUAUGAUAUGAAAGCACUUUCUACUCUUACCAUUAAGAUACACAAUUUUGCUGGACAUGUUUUUUAUUAAGUGUAGUUGUUGUACACACAAACUCAUAUUAAAUUCAUUUUUAAACAACAUGUUUAAUGGUUGUCUCACAUUUUAAUGAUAUAAUUAGCUUUGUAUUUCUACUAUAUUUGCAUGGUAAUAUUAGAAUAUUCUGAUGUUAUGUACAUCAACAGCACUUUUAGCAAUGGUUGUGUUUGUUACCAGAAAUGUUUUACACAUACGUGAAAUAUGAAUUGAUUGUAAAUAUUAAGCUGUACAUAAUUUCUUGUAUAUUUUUCUGAACAUGAUUUUCAAUAUAAGAUUACACAGUUACAUCCUAUUAUUA